CCAGUCCCUCCGCGACCCUUACGGAUAACAGUAUAGAAAAUGGAUGGAUGGAAAUGUAACUUUAAAUUUAAACUGUUCAAGUGGAAAGUGGGAAAGACUGACCCUGUUGCUGCUGUGAGCUGAAAAUGAGAACCAGCUGGAGGUGAAUGUCAAACAGCUCCAGGAUGCUGCCAUCCUCGUCCCUGGUAACCCGCUGUUCACCAGGGGGCAUCUGAUUUUCCAAACAUGAUGAAGACUGAGCCCCCGUCGGCCACGGGGGGCAAUGGGAGCUCCGGUGGCAGCAGUGGCGGAAGCGGGAGCUCAAACCUGCGGAGUCCUUCGCCCCAUCGCAACGCCUACCAGACCGGGCUGGCAGCCCUCAAGAAGGCCACUGACCACCGCAGCAAUGCUGCAAAUGGAGGCUCUGAUCCUUCCUCGAAGCCUGCUCCUUUGCCCCGCCCAACUGGGAGGGGCCGGAAAUAUGGGUCAAAUGUUCACCGCAUCAAAAACAUGUUCAUGCAGAUGCAGUCUCCUGGCGAUGAGGAGGAUGGAGCCAAAAUGAUUGGUAAAGAGCAGGCUGUGAAGCUGUCGCUGCCGAGAGCAUCCAGCCUCAAUGAGAAUGUCGACCACAGUGCACUGCUCAAACUUGGGGCCACAGUCUCAGAGAGGGUCAAUCGUUUUGACUCUAAAGUAGGUGGGGAGGGUAUGGGCUUCUCCAAGCUCCAGGAGACCAGGAGGAUCUUCGAACAGCGGACUCUGCAGGAAAAGCAAGCUGCCACCAACCGGAUCUUGCUGAAGAAGGAGCGGGCAUCGGGCUUUCAGGACAGCCGUCUAGAUGUCGUGGCUCGCUUUAACGGCUCAACUGAGGCUUUGGAUCGACUGGAUGAUCCCCCUGCUCCUGCCCCCACUAGUGCUCCUGUUGGGCCCAUUGAGGCUGUCAGCCCCACAGUCAGCCAGCUUAGUGCCGUGUUCGAGAAGGGCGAACAACAAAACAAUCUCUACCUCCCCCAACGUCGGUCUGGUCCUGCCCUUGCACCAAAACCAAAACCUCCAAUGAGAGAAGAAGCUGGUGGAAGGAAGACGAAGGUGUUACCUCCAGGUAAGGAGGACCAUGAGGAGCUGGCAACAGGAGUUGUGAACACCCAGGCAACAGAGUUACCAGAGGUGAUCGGUUCACUACAGAGCAGCAUAGGAGGAGUGACGGCAACAGAGGAGAAGGACAGUUUUGGACAGUCAGGAGACCAGCUCUCCAACUCCUCCUACUCCUCAUCGUCCUCAGUGACUGUCACUUCUUCUUCUUCUUCUUCCUCUUCCUCUUCUUCAUCAGAGGUCAAACCAGAGUUGGUAGUCCAGGCAACAGCAACUGAAGCCAGAGGCUCAAGUACUGUGGCUCCUGAGCAAGGGCCACAAGCUGCUGAGCAGGAUGGCUCUACAGUAUCUGAGGCCGGAGCCAGGCUGGUGCAGGCCGAGGUUCAUGCAUCACUGGAAAAUGGCGAAAAAGAGCCUUCGGAGUCCUCUCCCUCAUCAGAGGAGAAAGAAACAGACUCUGACAGGAGAGGCGAGGAAGAGGAGGGGAAGAAUGAUGAGGAUGGCUCAAGGAAGGACGAUUACUCUGAGGGGGAUCUUGUAGACAUCAGUGCGUACAGCGGGCUUGGAGAGGAGGACUCUGGGGGAAGUCAACUUGAUGAUGAGGAGGAUGAGGAAGAUGAGGAGAUAUAUCAACCAGAAUCCAGCUGCUUCGAGAUCCCGGGUCUCCCUGAGGAAGAGGAGCCCCCGCCAUCCAAUAGGAAGAUUCAAUUCAGCAGUGCUCCAAUCAGGGUCUUCACCACCUACUCUAACGAAGACUACGAUCGUCGCAAUGAUGACGUUGACCCCAUGGCAGCCUCAGCCGAGUACGAGCUGGAGAAAAGAGUCGAGAAACUGGACCUGUUUCCUGUGGAGCUGGAGAAAGACAGUGAUGGUCUGGGUAUCAGUAUCAUCGGGAUGGGUGCAGGAGCUGAUAUGGGUCUGGAGAAACUGGGGAUCUUUGUUAAGACUGUCACUGAGGGCGGAGCUGCGCACAGAGACGGCAGGAUCCAGGUAAAUGAUCUCAUAGUGGAGGUUGAUGGAACCAGUCUGGUCGGUGUCACUCAGAGCCUCGCUGCCUCUGUUCUCCGCAACACCAGCGGCACCGUCAGGUUUGUGAUUGGUCGCGAGAAGCCGGGGGAGCAGAGUGAAGUGGCCCAGCUGAUCCAGCAGACUCUGGAACAGGAGAGGUGGCAGAGAGAGAUGAUGGAGCAGAGAUACAAACAGUACAUGGAUGAUGAUGAAGAGACAGGUGAAUAUGCAACAGAUGAAGAGGAGGAGAUGAGUCCAGUGUUUCCAAACUCCAUUGAGGUUUUCGACCUGGCUGAGAAUCAGGACAUGUUGUCUCCUGUGGAGCUGGACCCUGAAAAGCUGGCCCACAAAUUCAAAGAGCUCCAGAUUAAACAUGCAGUAACUCAAGCGGAGAUCCAGCUGCUAAAGAGGAAGCUGGCUCAUGCAGAGCAGGAUAAAUUGCGUUGGCGGAUGGAGCGUGCUCAGUUGGAGCAAAACAUCCGGGACAGUAAAGAGAGGAUGGAGAAACUGGAGGGCUAUUGGAUGGAGGCACAGUCCUUGUGUAAGGCAGUGGAUGAACACCUGAAGGAAACCCAGGCUCAGUACCAAACCCUGGAGAGGAAAUACAGCAAAGCCAAGAGACUGAUUAAAGAGUAUCAACAGAAGGAGAUCGAGUACCUGAAGAAGGAGACGGCUCAGCGUCGAGCACAAGAAGAGAGUGAGGCAACACAUAAAGAGGAGGCAGAGAACCUGCAGGAAAAGAUUAUGGACUUGGAGACCAAAGUGGAUGCCCUGAAGACCCCCCAACCCUCCUAGUCUGCUGCUACUUCCUACCUCCUGUCUGUGACUGGAAGAAGAGGAGCUCUGCCUUCAUUCUGACCUGGACAUUAUUUUAAUCCAAUCAACCAUUUACUGCACGGACAGAUAUUUAAAAAAAAAAAAAAGAAUAACGGGGAUGAUAACUGUAAAAGAGCAGACAAGGAGGGUUACAUUCAAAGAGGAAGGAAGCAACAUCUCAUCUGACAUCUGUCAACAGCUUAGAGCUCUGUCAGUCAAUAACCAAUCCCAGAAUGCACCUUCUAUAACACCCAGAUUCCUCCUUGUGUGUCUUCCUGGCAGUCAGCUUGGCAAUCAACACGGAAACCACAUUCAACAACCUUUACUUUAUUUGUGGAUGAUCCGGUUUCUCCUCUCUUCACCAACCGUAUCUUACCAGGAUUCUAUUACUGAUUGCAAUUCAGUUCAAAGCGCUUUUAUUAAACAGGCUUGUCACAAAGUGCUUUAUAGAGUGACAGAAGGCAUAAAUACAGAAUAAAGCAGAACAAACAAGAAAGGACAAAUGGCCUUGGAUUGCUGUAAUACUACUUUGGAACUAGGCGGUUGCUGAACCUUUCCUUUUUUGUUUGCAACUGGACUGGAUUCUCAUGAAGAGGACUAACAUGUUGUCUGUCGUAUGGCAGUUAUCAUUUGAGUCAGAAACUACAAGAAGAAAUGGCCACCUCAUUUAUCACCUCAAGACUCCACAAAUCCUGCAGUGGAUCCUCUGAAAUGGUAGUAAAACACACACACACACACAAAAAAAAAACUGGAAAGGAAACAGCCAACCACCACUGAUAGUCAAGUAAUAAAAACUGUAAAACAAGAUGGGCAACUUUUGGAAAUUUGUGAUCAGUGACAAAAACUGUGAAAAAACAAAACAAAAAAACAAAAAAAGCAGGACUCCUGCCCCAGCCUUUGGUUUCUCUUUUCUAGCCUAACUCUCUGAAAGCAAUGGAAGGAAUCGGGCAGAAGUGUGGUCUGAACUGUGUUGGCAUACUGUUUGUAUAUAUUCUAUACAUGUAUUUAAAAUGGCUUAAGAAAUUAAGUGGGUCUGAUAUCUGAGAGAAAGGCAGUGCAGUGAGUGAAUGGCGCCAUCUUGCUGCGGAAGGUGAAACGGUUUAGUAGUACAGAUUCAGUUCAUCUCUUUUCUAUCAACAUCAAUGGCAAACAGGGUGUGAAUAGUCUUAAUAUGUGCUUAUAGAGCUUCUAAUGGUGUAUAUUUGUUGGUGUUUACUACAGUAUCUGUGAGUUUACAUGCACAGCAGCUAUCCUGUUAUUUAUGAUAAUCAUGUGCUAAUGUUCUUGAGUUGGUGCAGGGUUUUCAGAAAUCUACUCUAAUCCAGGGUCAUAAAAAAUGGGAUAUGCUAGUUUGACCACACUGGUGUUCACUGGCUACACCUUCCACUUGCACUCACUGCAUAGUUUCAUGAACUCAGGCUGUGUGGGAAUCUGAGACUAUUUAGUUAAAUCCUACAUUCAGAAACAGCUGAAGUGUACAAGAGUCCUGAAGAGCACGCUGUAAUGUCAGCUGAUCAAACAUUUCCUGGAGGCAGACCUGUUAUAGAAAUAAUACCAUUAGUUAAGGCAAGCAUAAGUGGGUGCACUUAUGCCAAAGUGCCAAGUCUGAUGCUGAGUUUUUCAGGCAGAUAUUUAUAUUAAAUUGUUUUUUUAAUUUAAAUACUAAACUGCCAAAAUGUGAUCUGUUAAGUAUUAUGGCAAAAAAAUAAAAACAUUAAAAACACAACCCCAAAACAUUUUGGUCAGCCAGUGCUCUCUGGUGGACAAACGAUUUAAUGUGUUUCUAAAUGACCUCAGUCAUAUUUCUUUCAUUUCCAAAUGAUUUCCUCUUUGACCGAUAGUACCAGCUGCUACAGAAAUAAAGAAAGGCAUAAUAACUGUAUAGAUCUAAAAUUGAACUCAUACUGGUAUUUAAAUACUAUAAAAUGCAGAAUUUAUAGCAUUGAAUUUUUUUUUUUGAAAUCUGUCUGUCUUAAUGUAGUUUUAAAUCCCCCCUUUCUUUUUUAGGGUUCACAAAUCCAAAAUGUUUCAGCAUCAAGUAUUUAGUAGUGCAGUUGCUUAUAGGAUUCAAAUUAUUGCAGCCUAUAUUUGCUGAAAUAUAAGCCUGCCAGUAUUAUUAUUCAGCCUAAAAACAGAAAAUACAGUUGUCCUGAAUUAAAAGAUAAUUAAUUCCUUGCCUGUUCUAUUUUUAUUGAUUCUUUGGCCAGUGUUCAGUAUGUCAGUAUUUGUCUUUUCUAAUCAGCUAAUGAAGCCUUGCUAAUGUACCAGGAUAGUUUUGCCCCCAAGAAAUGUUUGUGAAAGUAGACCUUCACAUGGAUAUGAGCUACAGUGUUGUUCGGAAAAUUGUGUGCAUGUAAACACACUUGCAUUAGGGAAAGAGUAGAAGGUCCAAGUAUUAUGAGUUUAGAAUAUGAAUUUAAGUUUGUGAUAUGUCUGACAUAGGCCAAACAUGGGUUGAAUACAGAAGUGUUUCUGUGGUCAUUAGAGGUCAGCAUUUUUAGGAGGCCAAGAGGUGCUGGGCUGCAUCAGAUUCAUUUUUAGUUUUUUGGUCAGAUAAAUCCGAUAAGUGGCGAGCAGUUUUGAAAUAUUUAAAGUACUUAAACUUCUUAAAGUGUUUGUCCUUGAAGCACCUAAAGCAAUCAAAGAAAUGGUAUUGCUUCACAAAUAAUAAAUCAUAUUUGGGUCAAAUGUUGAAAAUAUAUUCUUCUACAGAUGGGAAUUGCAGUCAGCUACUAUAGAUUGCCUCUUAAGAGUUUUAAUAUUGGCUAAUGCAGUAUUGUUUUAAUUUGCCAGUGGAAAUAAUAAAUGAAGACAUUUGUUCUUUCCCUGUGAAUGGUUGAGACAAAGUGGCUGUUGAAUCUCAAACCUGAGACACUGUGGUUACAGUACAGUAUUUGUUUAUACACUAUGAUUGUAUAUUUAACACUUCUGAUGUGACGAUUAUCCAGCAGUUGAUAGCGACUGUUUGAAUUUCCAAAUAUGAGGUUCAUAUUUGUAUGUGGAUGGAAAAAUGGUGCUCAGUAGGACAGUGUUCGCACACUUUUACAAAGUUUUGAACAGGCUAAUUAUGUAUUUUGCUGCUCUAAAUUUGUCACUCACCUGUGAUUAUUAUGAGUUAAUGUGUACGUUUAUCAAGAUCAUGCAGCUUGCUGGCAAGCUCUGAUUAAGUUGCAUUAAUUGAAAUCACUGAAUCAGAAAACCGUUUCACCAGGCACCUAUUUUUGAUUUUGAUUUUCUUCCCCCUGCUGUAAGAUAUAGCGAAGCUUUGAGUGGCCAGAAUCCUUCUGGACUUAAUGGUCAUGGAGUUGAAAGGUCUGUAGGUUGCAGAUGUUGAUAAUCAAAAUUUCUCAGAAACAAAAGUAUGUUAUGCAUUAAAUGGUGUUUUAUUUUUAGCCAUGCUAACAGUUCCAAUUUAUCACUUCUCCAGUGAAAUGUUUUUACAAAUACCGGAUGGACUGGCUCAAAUUUUUUGGAAACGUUCAUGGUUCCUAGAGGAUGAAUCUUUAUGACUUUGUUGAUCCCCUGACUCUUCUUUGAGGCUGACAUUUGUCACUUUUAAUGAAAAAUCUCAAAACCUGUUGGAUGGAUUUCCAUGAAAUUUAUUACAAGCAUCUGUGUCCCCCUCAGGAAGAAUUUCUGUGUAGCACAAUCUUUUUGCCAAAAUUUUCAUUUAUCAAAUAAUUUGGUUCUCAAGAAAACUAAAGACAUUCUGCCUUAGCAAAGCUUUGUAUUUAGUGCUAAUUAGCGAAUGUUAGCAUGCUAUUAAGCUAAAGUAAAAUGGCAAUCACGGUAAACAUUAUACCUGCUAACAGUCAGCAUGUUAACAUUGUCAUUGUUAGCAUGUUAACAUUAGCAUUUUACUCAACAGAGUCAUAGAGCAAUGUUAAUAUAAUUAAAUAUUUAAAAUAUUUUUUGUUUGUCCUCUUGCAAGUACAAAAUAACUUUCCCAAAUCACAAAUACUGCACAGUCAUGAAAAUUAAAAUCUAAUGUAGCACAAAUUGCUAAUUGAAGCAUGUCACACAGUGUGACAGAGCAGCUCCAAAAGAGCAACAUCUGCUUCACUGACCAGUCUGAACCAGUAUACUGAGGCGUGCUGAAGCAUCUGAAUCCAUACAGCUCCUGACCAUGGCUUCUGACCUGACUCAUGGGUGCCAAGUUUGUGCAGCUGCUCAUCUCAAUAAUUGUUGGGGAGAUAUUUAGUCACAAACUGGAAAAUGAGAAAUUUUACCCAACUAACCAAGGGGAUUUUUCUCUUUUCUGUGUUGGCUCUUUCCCUGCCCUGAUAACAUGGUGAAAUAUGUCAUGUCAUAUGUUCAACUGAAUACAGACAUCUGUUUGAAGAAUGAAUUGAUUAGAUAUCAUGAUAUAAGUAUGUUCGCAGUAUAUUUACAUUGUAGUCCUGUUGGACAGGAGCAAGGGUCUCUGAGAUUUUUUUUUAAAGGAAUGAAACCAUAGCCAUAAGCAACUCACUUGACUAUUUUUAUUUAAGUAUUUUUAUUACAGUUUCAUCUCUGUUAAACCAAUGUAAGCUGUACAAAUGCUCUUCUGUCACCAAAUUAAGUCCUUGGUCACUAUGGGUUUAAAAUCUAAACACAGUUAAGUGAUCACUUUGCCUUGUUAUGACUUGUUCAUAUUAGUUAACAUGCUGCUUUUGCCUUUACAGAGCCUUCAGAUGUGCACUAGCUGUAGCUGACUAUCACAGUUGUUGCUGUCCUUCAUGUCUGCCCAUCACAUAAAAAAAAGUGUUACCAGUGUUUAAAGAGUGUUUGCUAGUGAGUACAGUACAUACAAACUGCCAUGUUGGAAGACUGACAGAUUGUAACAUGACAGCAUUUAAGUAUUAUUACAGAUUGUAGACAGAUUGAUGCCUUUCUCCAUGACACUUUCACAGUGUUUUGUCAAUACUCCUCAUAUCUUAAAUGGUAAUCAAACUGGGCUCUUUCCCCCGCUUCACAUUCUGGGAGCUGACAUUCAAAACUGUUGUGCCACUGGUGGCUUCUGAGCAGCUUCACUGGAGCAGGUGAGAGGUUUUAGUGCCUUGCCUAAGGGUUAAGAGUAACAUAAACAUAUUAAUGAUGUUAAACUGCAUUGAGGAUCUAGGACCAUAUUAUGCUUGCUUGCAGAUCUAGUUUGACCUUGACUUUUUGCCUUGUGGCGCUGACCAUUUUCAAUGCUCAGGGUGGAAAACUAACUGGACAACUGGCAAAGUCUGUCUUGUAAGCACUGGUGACCAGUCUUUAAGCACUGAACAACCAGGGCAGAUAGAAGGAGUAGAACAGAUGCCUGUUAACAACUUUUAAAAUGCAAAAUGUUUAAAAAUGCAGAUAAAAGCACUACCAGAAACUUGAAUCAGUUGCUGGCGCUUUCCAUCUGCUUUGUUCAACUCUGCUUCAGUUCCCUAAUUUAAUGGCAUUUUCGAGCAAUUUCAGUCCU